AUGAAGGGCGUGGCCCACCGCAAGCGCCACUCGAAGGAGCAGGGGCGCAAGAAGCGCGCUGCUGCCGACCACACUGUUGGUGGCAGCGGGGGCAGCGGUGACGAGAGCACCGAUGAUGGUUGGGCAUCAAGCGAUGAGGCCGCACCCAAACGCACCAAGC